CUCACUCCAGGAUGGAGCACAGAGAUGUCGUAGAGAUCAGAACCACAUGUGGAACCUGUUCAGAAAGGACUAGGAGCUAGGGCACGACAAAAGAUUGUGUAGUUGAAGAAGUUCCUGUGGGUCUAAAAUCCAAACUGCACUACAGCUGUUUUGGCUAAUUAUUCAGUGUUGUUGCUUUUGUUUGGAUUUUUUCUUUAUUUUUUCUUCGACCAAUCUGCAUGUAUUAUACCCAUUUUUAUUUCCAAAUCUCUUAAGCGUUGCUAAACUCAUUUUGACAGUCUGGUCUGCUGGGACAUUUGAUUUUUUUCUGUAUAUUUGAGCAACAAGACAACACCAUCGGAAGACUUUAGACUUAUGUCUCUCCAUUAGGGACCCGUUUCUUCAAGUCUUCAAAACUUGAAGAAGUCAUCAUUUGUAACCAUGUAAAAAUAUAAUUACUCCAGACAUUGCAUGAAAUUUUGAAAACCCAGAAUUCUUUAGGGUUUGAGUUAAUGCUAGAUUUUAUCUUGCUGUGUCCAUAAAGUGGUCGACCUUGGACCUAAAAGUCUGCUAUAUUGGGACAGAACAAGACGUUUUUGAAGCUUUGAGGACCAAAGAGUUUUCGGAAUCAUUCACAUUGAGUUCAUGUUGUAGAGCUUCACUGAAUGAGACUUAAGAUAUUCUGGACUGUAUAUGUGUACCUGUGUGUGUAAGUUGCGCAUACAGCCAUGGGGAAUGCAGCAGGAAGUUUGGAGAUGUCCCCGGGACGGGAUGUGAAACGGCCCCUGAGCACUUACGGACAGAAACAACCACCAGCCCCAAAACUGCCCUUACCAUCCGAGGAGGAACUGGAGGAGAGGUUCAGCAUUAUGUUGAAUUCCAUGAAUCUUCCACCUGAUAAAGUGAAACUGCUCUGUCAAUAUGACAAUGAGAAGAAAUGGGAGCUAGUCUGUGAUCAGGAACGGUUUCAAGUAAAGAAUCCUCCCUCGGCGUACAUUCAGAAACUCAAGAGUGUAUUAGAGCAGGGAGGAGGCAGAAAGUUUAAAAGGAGAGUCCAAGAGUCCACACAGGUCCUGCGUGAGUUAGAGAUCUCUCUACGCACCAAUCACAUCGGGUGGGCCGAGGAGUUUUUAAAUGAACAAAACAAGGGGUUAGAUGUUCUAGUGGAGUAUCUCUCAUUUGCUCAACGAGCAGUCACAUAUGACAUGGACAGCUCUGACAAUGGAAGUUUUGAUGAAAAAUCUGUUGAAGAUCUAACCACAAGUGCAACAAACUCCCCUACCCACAAUUCCCCACGCUCAGGACGCCCCUUCACCACGAGGAAAGCUCUGCGCUACUCUCGUCUGCUCGGCCAGAAAAACCAUCUGCACCUCUGUAUUAUGUGCCUCAGAGCCAUCAUGAAUUACCAGUUAGGGUUUAAUAAAGUGAUGGCCCAUCCCAGCUGUGUCAAUGAAAUCACCCUCAGCCUCACCAACAAGAGUGCCAGGACGAAAGCACUGGUUUUGGAGCUCCUUGCUGCAGUGUGUUUGGUUCGAGGAGGUCAUGAAAUGAUUAUUGCAGCCUUUAAUAAUUUCAAAGAGGUGUGUGGAGAGAAAACCAGAUUUGAGAAACUGAUGGAAUAUUUCAGCAAUGAAGACAGCAGCAUUGAUUUCAUGGUGGCAUGUAUGCAGUUUAUCAACAUCAUAGUGCACUCAGUAGACAACAUGAACUUUAGAGUGUAUUUACAGUAUGAGUUUACACAACUGGGACUAGACACUAAUCUGGAGAGAUUAAAUGACACUGAAAAUGAGAGACUGCAAGUGCAGAUUCAAGCAUACCUUGAUAAUGUGUUUGAUGUUGGAGCACUGUUAGAAGAUGCAGAGGCCAAAAAUACAAUAAUGGAACAUUUAGAGGAGCUACAGGAACAAAACACACAGUUAAACAAUAGACUGCAGCAGUGUGAGACUGAAGCUGAAGAGAAGACAUCUGAACUGGAGAAACAACUCAUUCAGAGCACAAAAGAGGCUGAGUUACUGAAGGAAAGUCUGAAGGAAGCGCAUGCACAGAUCUCUCAGUUACAGCAGAAGGAGAGGGAGAGAGAGAUGGAGAGAGAGAGAGAAAAAGAAAGAGAGAAAGACAGAGAGCGCUCUGCUAAAGAUUUGACUGAACUGGAGAAGAAGGUUCAGAUUCUGAUGGAUCGGGGUCUGAUCCGUAUGGAGCGAUCCGAAUCUGGCGUUCUGGAUUUACACAUUAUAGCUGCCUCAAACACUACUGAUAAGAGUGCCAAAGAAAAUGAGGCCUCACCUGUGACAGAAUCACAACCUCAGGUCAAAGCUCCGCCCCCACAACUUCCAGUCCCUGCCCCUCCGCCACCUCCUCCUCCACCUCCAAUGAGUGCUGCUCCGCUCCCUUCACCUUUACCUGGGAGGGCAAGUACUGUAAAGACAGGUGUAAAAGGUAAGAAGCCUAUCCAGACCAAGUAUCGAAUGCCACUUUUAAACUGGCAGGUUCUGAUGGAGGAACAGGUGACUGGCACUGUCUUUAAAGAGCUGGAUGAUGAAAGUGUUCUUGGGGAGCUGAACAUGGAUGUCUUUGAGGAGUUGUUUAAAACUAAAGCUCAGUCUGCUGCUCUUGAUGUGGGCACAAUAAAGAUGAAAGUGGCUCAUAAAGCAUCUAGUAAAAUCUCACUACUGGAGCCCAACAGGGCAAAAAAUCUCGCCAUCACUCUGCGCAAAGGUGGCAUGAGUACCGCUCAAAUCUGUACUGCCAUCGAAACGUAUAAUCUUGAUUUACUAAACUCAGAUUUUUUGGAGUUGUUGGAACGUUUCAUUCCAUCUGAUUAUGAGCUCAAAUUGAUUAAGAAUUAUGAAAGAGAGGGACGUCCCCUGCUGGAGCUCUCAGAGGAAGACAGAUUCAUGGUGGCCUUCAGUAAAAUCCCUCGUCUCUCUCAACGAAUCAGUACAUUGACAUUUAUGGGCAACUUCAGCGAAAGCAUCCUGCUAUUACAGCCUCCAUUAAAUGCAAUCAUCGCUGCGUCCAUGUCAAUCAAAUCCUCCAGCAAACUGAAGAAGAUUUUAGAGAUCAUUCUUGCCUUUGGGAAUUAUAUGAACAGUGGGAAGAGAGGAUCAGCGUAUGGAUUUCGACUACAAAGUCUUGAUCUGCUUCUGGACAUGAAGUCCACAGAUCGCAAGCAAACCCUUCUGCACUUCAUCGUCAGUAUCAUUCAAGAGAAAUAUCCACAACUGCACAACUUUCACACUGAACUACACUUUUUGGAUAAAGCUGCACUGGUGUCUCUGGACAGCAUCCUUGCAGACGUGCUCUCUCUUGAGAAGGGAAUGGAUGUUGUCUGUAAGGAGUUCCAACAACAAAAAGACAGCGCUGUCCUCACAAACUUCCUGUCCAAUAACAGCAGUCUGCUGGACUCUGUGGUUAAGGACAGCAAAACUGCACAGGAAGUGUAUCACACAGUGGUGGAAUAUUUUGGAGAGAAUCCUAAAUCCACACCCCCCUCAGUGUUCUUCCCUGUUUUUAUCAGGUUUAUCAAAGCUUAUAAGCUGGCUGAACAGGAAAAUGAACAGAGGAAGAAGAAUGUAUGUGAGAAUGAGGACAGCACAAACGUACCCAUCUCUGACUUGCCUGUGAACACAUCAUCAACAAACAAGGUGCCCAUGUUGCCACGGUUACCGCAGGUGGAUCUGAUCGCAGAGCUGAAACGCAGGCAGAUGUCACCUCUCGUGCGAGAGGGCAAAGACGGAGCCAUUGAGGACAUCAUCACAGAUUUGAGGAACCAGCCAUAUAUCAGAGCUGAUGGAGGAAGACGAAGCGCCAAAUGGAAACCAACUCAACAGCUUCCUGUGUCGUCCGAUAUCUCCCUGUGAUACACACACACACAGCUCAAAGCAUGAUGAACCCACUGAAAAAUGAAGCCAAAAAACAGUUUACAAUAAAUAUUUAAGCUUAUAGUUUUAAAUAUCUUAAUUUAUAAAUUAAGCUCUAUAUCAAAGAUCAACUAUUUAUGUUAAAUUUAGCAGCUCAUAUACUGUGAAUCUCACGAAACCUGUCUACAAAAUGUCCAGGUCAUAUUUCAACCCAAAAUUAAAAAAGUUAUAUUUUGCAUUGUGCCAUUAUUUUUAAUGACAAAACUAUGCAAAUAUUUCCCCCAAAAUCAUAACUUUAAUAUAGUUGUUGUUUUACUAUAUUACAAUAAAAAAUUAAAAUUCUGGAAUACAUUUGUUUUUUAUUUAAAUCAACCAAGAGAUAUAAGUACUUUACAGUUAUGUAUUACAAGCAAGUAUUUUAAUAAUGCAACAAAAUAAAAAUCUUAAUGGCCCCAAAAAAUGGGCUUUAUUUUGGGUUGAAAUAUGACCAGAACAGGUUUAGUAAAAUUAACCAUUUAACAUUUAACUACUGGAUUUUCAACUACAUUUUAGUGACACUUUACAUUGAUCUUUACAUGAUGUAUUCUUGAAAUAAUUACUGUAAAUCUACAGCAACUACUGAAGAAAACUAGCUUUGUCAAGUAUGUGUAUAUUUAUUUUUUCACAUGAUUUUGUCACAUGGUUUUUCUUUCUAUGUUUGACAUAAUAAUAAACUUUUAUACUGGA